UAACGGGCGAAGUGUUUGAAUCUGGUGACAUAUUUCAAGCGCUGUAAAUAUUGCAUUGAAAUAUUGCAUCCGGCGUUAUUCCUUGCGCUCUAUUUGACAUACGAUAAAUGACAGAUGUUUGUUUCAAUAGCCCGAAUAACAACAAACAGAAGCACAAGCACAGCGGACGACGCCGAUUCCGUGCAGGAAUUUUUGCGUUUUCUGUGGCGUACGGUGGAAAUUAUAAAGGAAACCCAUUUGUUGCAAGCCAAGGAUGCCCUACAUCUUAGUGGAAAUAGUGGACGAGGGUGGCAACAAGGAGCUGAUUGCGGCGCCCGAAACAUGGCUCGAGCGGAACGAAAGAGACUCGCAAGCGUUCCUCUGCUGGCCGAGCGUGCGGAACAUUACCACGCUCAAUGCGCUGCUGGCCGACGCCAGCAGCACUCCGUUGCCCGGGUGGGAAAAACACCCGUGCGUGAUCAAAUGCUCAAACAUACAGUCGCUUGCGAUAGCUGGCAAAAUGAUCGACACCUUACAAAAACACUGGAAGGACUAUGGCGGUGGUGCGUCGAAAAGGAGCAACCGACCGGGUGAUGCCAGUAAUGGGUCGAGUCUGAAAGUGAAGCAAGGAAACGGUUUCCGAGAUGAGUAUCAGACGGCUGCUCGGUUCGAGGACGAACAGGACGAAGAGGAGCUGACCGGCAUGCUCGUCGAGCUGACGCGUAAGAUCGAAAGCAGCAACGAUGCGGUCAGAAAAAGACUGUACGAUGGUUUCCGUCGGGUGGAGAAAAGUUUGGACGAGUUGGCGGAAGAUUCGCUUCCGUCACCGAGUAGAAAUACAAGCAACCUGCGCAAGCCAUCCGGCCAGGCAUGGUCACCGCCGCACAGCGCGUUCGAGUUUUACGUCAACCCGCUUACCUGCAUUGAAGAGAUGAACGAUUUCGAGGAGCGUUUGUACGACGACGAAUAUCGAACGCAGGUUCACCGUUGGAUCGACUACACCAUCGGCCACGAGCGCAAGCCGGUCAAGCGCAUGGUGGAAAUACUGGACGCGCUAAUAGAUAUCGCUUUUUUGGCGAAAUUUACCUGGACCGGCCGAAGCAGAACGGGCAAACUUGCCCUGGUGGACUACGCCAACAUUGUUGACCUUUUCCAGUACGCCGGUACGACAAAGACGCACCUAGCCACGCCACGGUUUGUGGCAGAAUUCUUUUCCAGAAAGCUAAAGCACCUUUCCGCGGCAAAGCUGAGGCAAGCGCAGCAAAAGCGCAACCUUCCGACGGGGGACAAACAUCCAUCCUGCACGGAAGAAGACGACGAGAGCACCCAGACAUCCGCGACACCAUCGUUUACGUUAGAGGACGAAGAUAGCAGCAUCGCAGAAACCUCGGCACCGGACACGAUUGCGACAAAAGACGACAACGCAGAAUCCAGUGCUCCUUCUUCUCCUCCUCUUCCUGCUUCUCAUUCUUCUUCUACGCCCCCCGUUCCUCAAACCGCACAAAAGAUGCAGCCCAAAAGGAUGACCACUAGCUCGGAGAUUAUUAUCGAUCGCUUUAACACCAUCGAAGAGUUGGAUGCGUUCGAAGAGCAGCUGAACGAUCCGGAGAUUCGUGUGCGCGUGCAUCGCUGGGCUAGCGAGACGGUUGGCUACGAAUCUGAUCCGGAUCGUCGCAUGAUGGAAAUGUUGGACCUCCUGUUCGAUCGUCACUUUCUACCCAAGUUUACGUGGCGAGGAAGAAGAGAAGGAAGCUACGCGCUGUUCAAGUACAGCAACAUCCUGCGGCUGUUCCAAUACGUUGCCACUAGCGCGACGCACCUUGCCGACCCGCUUUAUGUGGAGAAAUUUUUAUCCAACAAGCUGAGACAUGCUGGCGUACGGGCGGAGCUGUACCAAGGGUUGCGAAAGUCGGUGCCGAGGAAGCGGCGCCUUGUAUAAUUUUGACACAACAAUCGAUUGACACGUGAUAUCGGAACGGUACCGAAGUGUGUGAUGCUACUGGGACAUUUGCAAUGUUUUAGCGUGUUUCGUGAAUUGCACUGUGUAUAUUAAGAAAUAAAGAAUACAAAAGAUAAUCAUCUAAACAUAA